CUGUGUUUUUGCUCGGCCCGCGCUCUUGAAGACAACAGCCAUGUUGUUUCAACAAACAACGGCACCAGCAUCUCUACAGUCAGACAUUCCUUAGUAUAUGCUUGCAACUUUACAGCAGUGGCCAUGGGGAAGAUUGAGCCGCCGUUUCUCUACGACCCGCCAUCCCUCUAUCCCAAGUCCGCACAGGUUGCUGACUUCAACCCCAAGGCUGUUACGCUGAACAGCUGGGCGCCUCGGCCGCAGAAGCCAAAGAAAGAUGGGCCCUUGGUCAACUUCAACCAGCAUCCGGACUCGGUAACUAACAUUACUCUGCCGUUUAUAUGUUUCAGCCUCGAAGAAAUCUAA